UCUUUUUUUUUAUAUAUUUCUAUUCUUUAUGUCAAGUGCAGAUCUACUUCAAUAUACUAGCUUUGAAAGCAUUGAAGACUAUGUCAGUCACGCUCGACAAAUAUUCUUGACGGGAAAAUCUCGAGACAUGAAUAGACGCAAACAGCAGAUUCAACAACUUUACAAUCUUGUUCAUGACAAUGAACAGAAGCUUUGCGAAGCCCUGGUCAAGGACAUGAAUAGGCCUCAAACAGAAGCUUUGACUGGUGAUAUUGCACCUGUAUUGGAUGAAUGUCUUUAUUUUCUAGAUAAUCUUGAUAAACUGGCUCAAGAUGAAAAAAUCAAACCAAGAUCUGGCAUCAAUUCUUUAGCUAAAGUAGUUGUUCGUCGUGAUCCUCUUGGUGUGGUUCUUAUUUUAGGCAGUUGGAAUUAUCCUGUUCAGCUUUCUCUGGUUCCUUUGGUGGGUGCUAUUGCUGCUGGUAAUACUGUGAUUUUAAAGCUCUCUGAAGUCUCUGUUCAUACAGCUGCUUUGAUUACUAAGCUGUUUCCUAAAUAUAUGGAUACGAGUUGCUAUCGUAUUGUCAAUGGUGGUGUACCAGAAACAACUGAGCUUUUGAAAUACAAGUUCGAUCAUAUUUUCUACACUGGUAAUCAUACUGUAGCCAAAAUUAUCAUGACUGCAGCAGCCAAGCACUUGACACCUGUUACUCUUGAAUUAGGUGGUAAAUCUCCUGCCGUCAUUUUAGACGAUACAGACAUCCAAUUGACAGCCAAUCGCAUUGCUUGGGGCAAAUUCUACAAUGCCGGUCAAAUUUGCAUUGCAGUUGAUUAUGUUUUGUGUCCCCAAUCUAAAUUAGAUGCAUUUGUCUCUGCAUUUAAAAACACGCUAGAACAAUGGUAUGGUUCUGAUCCACAACAAUCGAAAGAUUAUGGUCGUAUUGUGUCUGAAAGACAUGCUCAGCGUAUCUCUGAUAUAUUGACACAACGUCAAAGUGGUGAUAUUGUCAUAGGUGGUCAAGUAGAUAUUCAGGAUCGUUAUAUUGCACCUACUUUAGUUGUAAACGUAAAGCCGAAUGAUCCUUCUUUGAUGCGCGAUGAAAUCUUUGGUCCUGUUUUGCCUGUUAUCACUUAUAACCAUUUGGAUGAAGUGAUUGGUCUUAUUAACCAAAAGAAUCCUCCCCUUGCUCUCUAUAUCUUUUCUCAAAAGGAAAAGCUUGCUGAAAAAGUUUUAAAGAAUACACAAUCUGGCGGUGUCUGUAUCAAUGAUUGUUUGACACACCAAGCAGAGUACGCUGUUCCAUUUGGCGGUGUAGGUACAUCCGGCAUGGGUAAUUAUCACGGAAUUAAGUCCUAUCAGACAUUUACCCAUGAAAGAUCCAUGUUGAUUAAGAAACAAGCGAUGGAAAAGGCAAACAACGUGCGCUAUCCUCCUUAUACUGAGCGUAAAUACGAUGUUUUACGUCUUAUUUUGGUAAAGCAUCCUUUCUUGUUGAAACUUAAGGCAUACAAGUCUCCCUUAAAGUUACUCCUUAGUUUGAUUGCCUUGCUUGUUUUUUAUUUGAAACGAAAAUAAAUUGUGCUGUCCUCUACGUCAAGCAUGUGACCGUGCCUUAUUUUCUCACGGUCUAAUUGGUGAGCUUAACUUGAAAUGAAGGGCAAACAGUGAAAGGACAAAGUAUAAAUUGAGAGCUGUGUUUUUCUUUCUUUCUCUCUUUUGUUUCUGUAUUAAAAUUUUUUAUAAAAUGUCACAAAAUAAGUUCCUCAAG